CAUUUCAUUUGGUGACCCUAGUUCUUCUGUUAUGAGGAGGAGUAAAUGACACUUCCUUAUUCACUUUCUCCAACACUGUAUAUGUUGGUGCAAUCAGUUUUUCACCCCUCUGGUCAGUGUGUGUCUUCAGCACAGCAGUAAUGGAGGAGAAACUUUUUUUUAUUAUUAUUAUUAUUAUUAUGUUUUUUUUUAAUAUUGUGAAAUCACAGAAGUUGGCAGGGAGCCUCAAGGGCAGGUAUAGCAUCUGAAACUUGCUAACUUGGUUUUUGCAUCUUAGAUUUCAAGCUGAUGGUUGCUAUUCUUGGAGGCUUAUUUCCAUUUGUGGGAAGGAAAUUUUGGUUUGAGAGGCCAAUUGUAUUCCUUGUUAAUCUCUAUGAGAUGGAGGGUGGGGGAAGAGAUGCUGGGAGUAGCCCACAGUGCUUAGUUUUAUCUCAUUAAUUCAUAAGUGCCAUUGAUCAGAUCAGGCUGCUAGACUCUGCAUUUCCUUAUCCUGUCUCCCAGUGAUGAUCCUCUCAUUAAGACUGUAAGAUGCAGACUCUAAAGGGUGUGUAUGUGUGAGAGUCAGACAAGCCACGUUAACCCAGUAUGUAGGUGCUCUCGAAGAGAUGCUCCUUGCAUUAAAGAAACACUCAAGCAAGCCUGCCCCUGAACUGCUGAAUGAAUACUCCCGCAAAGUGGACUUCUUAAAGGGAAUGUUAGAAGCUGAAAAAUUGUCGUCGUCAGCAGAAAAGGCCUUGGCAAAUCAGUUCCUGGCCCCCGGCCGAACUCCCACUACAACCAAAGAGCGAACCCCAGCUACUAAAAUGGUUCAUCUGCAGACAAAGGCUCGCUACACAGGCAAGAUGAGGAGUGAACUGCUUGGUACGGAUCCCUUGUCUGUCAAUGAGUCUGAGGAGCUAAAUUUAAGGAAACGGAAAGGCCUUGCAUCUGAAGAGACGCCGUCAGCACCUGAGCUGGAUGCCGUGUUACAGCAUCAUCGCAGCAUGCAGGAGAAGCUGGCUGAAGAAAUGUUGAGUUUGGCGCGCAGUCUCAAAAACAACACCCUGGCAGCACAGAACGUUAUUAAACAGGAUAACCAGACAUUAUCUCACUCUCUCAGGAUGGCAGACCAUAACUUUGAGAAGCUGAAGGAUGAAUCUGAACGCCUUGAGCAGCAUGCAAAGAAAUCUGUCAACUGGCUGCUCUGGAUAAUGUUAAUUGUAGUUUGUUUUAUUUUUAUUAGCAUGAUCCUCUUUAUCAGAAUUUUCCCUAAACUCCGAUAACUUGUAUAGCCUCCAGGAGCAACAGGUAGGAAGCUAGACAGUAUGUGACCCUCUGCUCAUUCCCAGCAAGUCUCUUUGACCAGUUUGGUAAGCACUCACUGUAAGGCAGUUACCUACCUCUGAUCAUAUCCUGAAGGGUGUCACCAAGGGCCUAGUCUUCCAUCCCUUCCUUGUGUCCUUACUGGAGUUGGUGGGACACCUUGUGAAAGGCUUCCUAAGUUGGGUCACUCGAUAUCCCUUUUGCUUGGCUAAUAUGGUUAUUUGUUUCUUGAGAAAGAAACUGCAAUAAAGAUGGCACUUUCAGUGGAAUAUCCCUAGAAAUAGAUCAUUCCAGGUGCCUUGGUAGAUGUGGUUAAGGCUAUUGUUCCUCUAUAAGGGAGCACAGUACACAACUGAAGGAUUAAAGACCAUAUUUGCUCUUUAGAAACCCACUGACUUUAACAGGACCCUUGCUAGGAUUGUCUUUGUAACCUGCCUGUAGCAGAUAUGGAGGGAGCAUUGUUAUUGAGUGGGUCCCCUUGAGUUAGAGAGUCAAGAAGGAAAAUUAACUUCACCGCCUUGCCCUUCUGCCAAAUGGACGCUGGUCACUCAAGUCUCCUGAAGCCUGGAGUUGUGGGAGAAGACAGAGGUUGGAAGCAUCUAGUUUGGGAAGCUUGAACAAACUCACUCAUCUCCUCUUACAAUCACAAACCCUAACAUCCAACCGAAAUACAGAGCAUGUCAUUUACCAUUAUUCCAUUCCUUCAGGAAGCAGGUGGUGGCGGCUGUUCAGCCCUAAACAUGCAGUGUACUCUGCAGACCUGCCUGCCUACGCCUCUUGUUGCUUCACUAUAAAAUGAGAGUUGAGGAAGUUGGUCUCUCUUUAAAUAAGGCGUUUACUUAAGGAAAAAAUCGGCCUGUACCUUCUGAGCUAGGCUUAUUUGCAUGUUUGCUUUCCUUAACUCUUAUCAUUUUUCUAGUGGAAGAUACCUUGAAGUUUUCAGCCAUAUUCUGCUCUUGAUGAAGUGCUGGCUUGCUGUACUGGGUGAAAAAGAGAGUGGUGUAAUCAUCCCACCCAACCUGCUCAUAAAGAGAGAGUGUGUGAUUCUGUCUCUCUCUCUCUCGCCCUAACUUUUAAAGCAUCAGUACUGCAAACUGCCUGCUUUCACUUCAGUUUAAACCAUUCUCCCUAUUACAAAUUGUUACUGUUGGUAUUCUGUAUAUUGCUGUCUAUUUUGUACAAGUUUGUAUUGGUUUCUCUUGGACUUAUUUAUUACUAUAUGAUUUUCAUAAUUAGAAGCAACUGCCAUCUUC